GUAUGAUUACAUAUGGCGUCUUUCUAGUUCGGAGUAUAGUUUAAUUUUGACGUUGACCGGCUUGAAAAGAGUGCGACGGUGUAAUUUUUUAUUAAAAUGUCAAAUUCCAAUGAAUUUUCUGAUUGGCAAGAAUCAGUUCUAUUCGAAGAUGAUGUAUAUGAUCAAUUGCGCAAGGAAAUCAUGGAUAACAAUCUACCUUUAUUAACAAAAGAAAUAAUGGAAGAUAUGCCAGAAGAAAAAUAUAAUGUACGCAAUUAUUCAAAUCAAGAAAAUCCAUUAGAAGAGCAAGAUCAAGAACAGUUUUAUCCAAGACCUGAAGCCAUCCCUACAAAGGAAGAAUUUCCUGGACAUCUGAAUUUUCAACUACUUUUACCAAAUCAGAAUGCACCAAAACAUUGGGUGUACUCUCAAAAUCUUCAAAAAGUAUUUAUCAAUAUGGAACAAACACUGCCUUUACGAUUCAAAUGGGAUCCACCUUUGGAUGGCUUAUAUUUGCGCACAUCCAUGGUAUUUAGUUUGGAUCAAUACAGAAAUGAUCCAGUACAAAGAUGCCAUAAUCAUAUGGCACAAUCAAAUCGUAGCAAUCAAGACAUAGAUCCCAGGAUAAUUAAGCACGUUGUUCGUUGUACAGAUCCAUUAAGUAUGUACGAAGAAAAUAACGAACAUUUAUCUAUAGUUACACCGUUGCGUACGCCACAAGUCGGUUCGCAAUAUGUACAAAUGUAUUUUAAAUUCUUUUGUAAAAAUAGUUGUACGUCAGGCAUGAAUCGUAGACCUACAGAGCUUGUAUUUACGUUAGAAGAUCAUAUGUACAAGGUUAUUGGGCGCCGUCGAUUAUUGGUUAGAGUCUGUAGUUGUCCAAAGAGAGAUAAAGAAAAAGAGGAAGCUGAAGUUAUGAAUACUUUACCUAAUUCAAAAAAAAGAAAACUUUCAGCUUCUCAAAAUAAAAAAGUUAUGUUACCGUCAUACGAUACGCAUGUUUAUAAUGUUCAAUUAAAUAUUGUUGGCAAAGAAAAUUAUUUAGCGGUUAUGAAAUAUGCGUAUGAUGUUAUGGCCGGUCAAGCAUCGCGAACAGGACAAUUCGAAUUUUUUAAACCUUACAUGGAUGACAUAUUACAUAAAAUGCCUUAACUUUUUAAUUAGAAUAUACAUUUGUUAUUAUUAAUUGAACAUUCCACAGAUUUUAACGAAAAAGGAAAAAAAAAGAAAAAAAAAAAAAGAAAAAAGAAAAUAGUAAAAAAAAGAAAGAAAAGAAAAAGGAAAAAAAAAGAACCAUGAAUAAAUUGUUAUAAUUUUAAUCAUUGUUACGAUCAUAAGAUAUUCUAAACGUCUUGUAAUAAAAUUUUUAUGUAAGAAUUUCUAAGUAACAACAUUUAAUAUUCCAUUUAGAUAAAAAUCUAUAUAUACUUAAUCAAUACACCUAAUGUCUUUCAUUUUUUUUAAUCUAAAAUAUUUGUUAA